AUGAUUGGCACCGAGCAGAUCAGGCCAGAUACGAGUUCUGCCGUAAUCAAUAUCUCCCAGCACAGAGCAGGAAGCGUCACCUCCCACUGCAUUCACGUACCUGUGGAUAAAUCUGGGAUAGGCACAGUUCUUGCUGGUGCUCAGCCCCAGCCUGGUUUCUGUGUGAUGUACGAUGAAUGUGGUUUGAAUCCUGAAGUGGAAGGUUCCCUGAUACCAGCAAAAAUACCCUGCAAAAACUAUGUAGCAGCCAAACCACUGACAGGGCAACACUACCAGCUUUUCAAGCAGGUUUGCCCCAUGCUUGACCAAGGCGAGGGCCAAACAUUUGGCUGCUGCACCCAGACUCAGCUCUAUUCCCUGCAGAGCAGCCUGACGUUGUCCAAAGCCGUGCUGCUCCGAUGCCCAGCCUGUGUUUACAAUUUUGCCCAUGUGCACUGCAUCACCACCUGCAGUUCCAACCAAAGCCAGAUAAUUAACAUCACCAGAACCGCAAACGUCUCGGUUAGUGGUGUGCAAAAAGAGGCUGUGCUCGCCUAUCAGGCCUACGUUUCCACCAACUUCUCCGAAGCUACAUUUAGAUCCUGCCAGAAUGUCCGAAUUCCAGCCACAGGAGGCUACGCUAUCGCUACAAUGUGCGGUCGAUACGGUCACAAGCUGUGCACGGCUCAACGCUGGUUAGAUUUCCAAGGUGACACAAGCAACGGUCUGGCUCCGCUCGACAUAGAUUUCAGACUCAUACCACCUGGACAGACGUCAGUAGUACCAGCAGGAAUGGUCCCGUAUGCGGGCAUGGCCAUAGGCUGUAAUGAGACGGGACUCAAUGGGGAAGAAGAAUGCUCUUGCCAGGAUUGUUUAGAUGCCUGCCCGUCCAUUCCUCCACCAGCACCUUUAUCCGAGCCCUUCAUGAUCGCCGGGAUCGAUGGCGUCCUCUUCAUCUGCCUCAUCGUCUUCAUAUUCCUGUCCCUCCUGUUCUUAGGUUUCCUUGUGGCUAAGUUUGUUUUCCAGACACGCAAGGCUAAAAAAUCUGGCAAGGACAAGAACGCAAACGAGAUAGAUCCUACCAAAAAGGUGGAUCCCAAAGACGUAACCUGCUCCGAUAGGGCAAGUCUGGCUGUCCAGAAGUUCCUGGGUUCAUACUUUCAGACUUGGGGCACUUUAAUGGCGAAGUACCCAGUGGUUGUGAUUGUUUUAUGCCUGAUUGCUGUGGUGGCUUUUUCAGCUGGGCUGAUGAAAAUAGAACUGACCACUGAUCCUGUACAGCUCUGGUCAGCACCAAACAGUCGUGCCAGGCGAGAGAAGGACUUCAAUGACAAGCAUUUUACCCCCUUCUUCCGGACUAAUCAGCUGAUUCUUACUGCUCCUGACAGGACAGGCUACGUGUAUGACUCCUUGCUUUUUGGCAAAAAUAACUUCAGUGGCCUCUUAGAUAAAGACCUGAUUCUGCAGUUGUUGGAGCUUCAGCAGAAGAUCCAGGCAAUCGAGUUCUGGUCCGAAGAGCUUAACAAAACCGCCAGCCUUAAAAACAUCUGCUAUGCUCCUCUAAACCCAGAAAACCCUUCGCUUACGGACUGCGCCGUCAAUAGUCUGCCUCAGUACUUUCAGAACAGCGUUGACAACUUGAACGCCAAGGCUAACAUGACCCAGCUCGGCGUGACUAAGGAAGUUGACUGGAGAGAUCAUUUUAUCUACUGUGUAAACUCACCACUGUCCUUCAAAGACAUCACUGCACUUGGCAUGAGCUGCAUGGCCAACUACGGAGGACCCGUCUUCCCCUUCCUUGCUGUGGGAGGAUAUGAAAAUGAUGAAUACACCAACUCUGAAGCUUUUGUUGUAACAUUUUCCCUGAAUAACUACCCACGAAACCACACAAAGUUUAAAGUGGUGGAGGAAUGGGAGUCUAGGUUUCUGAAGAUUGUAAAGGAUUACCAGGCUAAUCCAAAAACAAACUUUUCAUUUGCUUACAUGGCUGAGAGAUCUUUAGAGGAUGAAAUCAACAGGACUACGAUCGAGGACAUCCCCAUUUUCAUGAUCAGUUAUGCAGUCAUCUUCAUCUACAUUGCCGUGGCUCUGGGGGAGUACUCGUCCUUCAAACGCAUCCUGGUGGACUCAAAGUUGCUGGUUGGUUUUGGUGGUAUCUUGGUAGUAGGCUGCUCGGUCCUGUCCUCCAUGGGCUUUUACGCUUGGAUUGGACAACCUUCCUCACUGGUCAUUCUGCAAGUUGUGCCCUUCCUUGUCCUGGCUGUUGGUGCUGAUAACAUUUUCAUCUUUGUUCUGGAGUAUCAGAGGGAUUUACGCCAUCCCGGAGAGAAGCGAGAGGAGCAGAUUGGCCGAGUCCUUGGGAAUGUCGGUCCCAGCAUGCUUCUUUGCAGUUUGUCUGAAUCUGUCUGCUUCUUCUUGGGUGCUUUGAGCUCGAUGCCUGCAGUCAAGUCGUUUGCGCUCUAUGCCGCUUUGGCUAUCCUCAUGGACUUCGUACUCCAAAUGACUGCGUUUGUUGCUCUUCUGUCUCUGGAUGCUCGCAGACAAGAUGCUAAUCGCUGUGAAAUCAUCUGCUGUGCCACUGUUCAGAAAUCACGCCCUACAAAACCCAACGAGGGCUUUCUCCUGCCUGUAAUGAGGAAAUAUUACGCCCCAGUGCUGCUCCACCCGGUCUCCAGGAUAAUAGUGAUCGUCUUGUUCCUCUGUAUGUUUUGUGCCUCCAUCUUCCUCAUGUUCCAUGUGAAAGUGGGUCUGGAUCAGGAGCUGGCCAUGCCAACGGACUCCUACAUGCUGAAAUACUUUGAAUACCUGAACAAAUACUUCGAGGUCGGGGUCCCGACAUACUUCAUCACAACCAAAGGUUUUAACUUUAAGUCAGUGAGCGGGAUGAACGGCGUGUGUUCCAGUGUGGGCUGUGAUCAAUUCUCUCUCACCCAGAAGAUCCAGUACGCCACAGCGUAUCCAGAACGAUCGUACCUGGCUAUCCCAGCAUCGUCAUGGGUGGAUGAUUUCAUCGACUGGCUAAAUCCUCAAACCAGAUGUUGUAGGAUUUACACCGCAGGACCCAACAAAGGAAAAUUCUGUCCGGCCAGUGAGAAUGCGUUGAUGUGUUUGUCAAAGUGCAUGAAGAACCCAUCUAACGGGGUCCUGCGUCCCAACGUGGAUGAGUUCAACAAGUACCUCCCCAGUUUCCUCUCCAACCGACCUGACUUACGGUGUCCCAAAGGUGGUUUGGGGGCGUAUGAUACAGCUGUGGUCCGGGACAACGUGACAGGAGAAAUAAUAGCUUCUCGUUUCAUGGCGUAUCACAUUCCUCUCACCAACUCUCAGGAGUUCACAGCAGCUCUGAUUAAAGCCCGAGAGCUCGCCCACAAUAUCACCAUGGAAAUGAGACGGAUCCCUGGUACCGCGCCGGACUUCGAGGUUUUCCCUUAUACCGUGACGUAUGUGUACUAUGAGCAGUAUAUCACCAUCGUGUACGAGGGCCUGGUGAACCUGUCGCUGUGUUUGUUACCCACCUUCGUGGUGUGCUGCAUCCUUCUGGGCAUGGACAUACGCUCUGGUCUUCUAAACCUUCUCACCAUCGUGAUGAUCACUAUUGACACAGUCGGGGUCAUGACCCUGUGGGGCAUCGACUACAAUGCCGUGUCACUCAUCAACCUAGUCACAGCUGUUGGUAUCUCGGUGGAGUUUGUCUCUCAUUUAACACGCUCGUUUGCCCUCAGCACGUUACCCACCAAAGUGGACAGAGCCAAAGAUGCCACGGCUAGGAUGGGCAGCGCGGUGUUUGCUGGCGUAGCUAUGACGAACCUGCCUGGCAUCGUCGUGCUGGCGUUCGCUAAAGCUCAGCUCAUUCAGAUCUUCUUCUUCCGCCUGAAUCUGAUCAUCACGCUGCUGGGAAUGGCUCAUGGACUUAUCUUCCUGCCUGUGCUGCUCAGCUUCUUUGGUCCUCCGGUGAACAACGCCUUGCUGCUGGAGAUGCAGGAGAAGAAAGCCAUGGAGAUGAGGAACCACAGUAAAACCUUCUAUGAUAAUCUAAGCUUUGCGAAGGACGAGAACCACGUUAGCUCCACGUCCGAACCCGCGCAACAGAACGGCAUCGCUCCAGUAGUGCCUGAAAAACAGCUAAAAGAGACGACACAGGAAGCGGAGAAAGAGGAGAGCAACCAGAUUAUCAGCAACACGUUUCUUUAGUUCUGGGACGGUCGAGCUUCUCCCUGUGUGAGGCGGAGGGGCCGAUGCUUUAUUAAGAACAGGACAGUAUAUCAGUAUACACACAAGUGCAAUACAUGGGUCAGGAGAACUGCUUUAUGUGAACAUGAAGCUCUUUUCACCUCAGCUUUGAGUGCAUGAUGUAUGGAGGCGUGUUGUACUGCUGUAACACACCAACAAACCCCCACACACGAGAAUCCAGCGCAGGAAUAAUCGCUCGAUAUGAUUAGAUAAAGUUCAGGGUCAUAUUAUACAAUGACCAAGGAGAAUCCUGCUUUCUGAUUGGCUGAAAGCUACAAUAUGUGGCCAAAUGUAUUUAGACAUGAUUAAUAUUGUAGGAAAAAUGAACAAACUAGACAACAUACAUGACCUUCUAUGUUUUGUAUAAAGAAAUGAACACCAGAUAUGGACGCUCCUUGCUAAUGUGUUUAAUUAUAUCAAAUAAAUAAUAUGCUUCCAGGUUUGUAGCAAUAGUAAUAGAUGCCCAUAAAGGCAUGGUUUACCAGUUUGGUGUGGCCUGCAGACCCAUUUAACAGCUUUUGGGAUGAAUUGGAAUGCUGGUUGCCGAUUAACAUCAGUGCCUGACCUCACUAGUGCAUUUUCUGGCUUAAUGGGCUCACAGUCCCACAACCACAUUUCAAGAUCUUGUUAAAAAGCCUUUUCAUAGAAGUAAAAGCUCAUAUAGCCAUAAAAGGGUGUGUGUUUCUGGGUUCAAUGCCCAUGACUGACCACGAUGUGUCCACAUCCUUUUUGCCAUAUAUUCUCACUCACUCACUUUCUUAACCAAUCAGGGUCAUCGGGGGGGGGGGUUGCUGGAGCAUGUCCCAGCUUUUCAAUGGGCGCAAGGCACACAGUAACACCUUGGACGGGGCGCCAGUCCAUCGCAGGGCAGAAACAUGUACACACAUUCACCUACAGGGCAAUUUAGUGUCUCCAGUUAACCUGACUGCAUGUUUUUGGACUGUGGGAGGAAACCGGAGCUCCCAGAGGAAACCCACACGGACAUGGGGAGAACAUGCAAACUCCACACAGAAAGGACCCGGACCUCCCUGCCUGGGGAUCGAACCCAGGACCUUCUUGCUGUGAGGCGACAGUGCUACCCACCGAGCCAACGUGCCGCCCCUUUUGGCUAUAUAGUGUAUUUUAAAUUAGUAGCAACCACCAUGUAGAUGUGGGUUGAACUACAGGGACUAUACAUUUACAUUUUCUGCAUUUUGCAGACGCUUUUAUCCAAAGCGACUUACAGUACUGUGACAACAUACAGUCUAAGCAAUUAAGGGUUAAGGGCCUUGCUCAAGGGCCCAACACUGACAACAUGGCAGAGUAGAGGCUUGAACCAGCAACCUUAUAUACUAGGCUACAGCUGCACUAUAAUGCUUUUAUGAUGUUUAGUCUGUUGAUAUUAUUCAGCAAUGUUUAAACAUCUACUAAACAUUUUUACAUUGGCAUUUGGUCAAAGUACCAUCAAGAUAUCACUUUAUAAACUGGCCUGUCUGGUGUUUCCUUCUAACAGGAGACUUGAUUGAUCAUCUAUUCUAUAAGUUUUUCACUCAUAGUGCAGGUUUAAUGUUACAGUAAACAUAUACUUAAUACUUAAUUUUCCCCGACCUGUUGAAUUGUGCAUGUUACAGCUGGACAAACGACCAUUCCUCUUUAAAGAGCAUUAAUCUAAACUUCAUGACAAGUUCAUAUCACAGUUCUGAUGAUUUUUUACAGCGUCAGACCAGAGCAUCAAACAUCAUGCACCAAAUGCCACUCAUCUUCUUGAAUCUUGAAUUUUGCCUCCUCAUGCCGGUCUGUUCGCGGCCGACGUGAAAUGAAUAUCUGAUGUGAUGUGUAGGAUCGACGUAUGUAGAAGGAUACCAUUUUUUACACUGUUUUGUUAGUUGAACGUACUGUGUUUUAUUUAAUUUCAUUGCAUGUGCAUAUGUGCAUGUACUGCUUUUUGUUGGCUUGUCUUUGGUUAAACAGUCAUACUGUCGGGGGAAAUUACAACCACAGCUUCUGUUUUGAAUCGAGAACAAUACAUCAUACACUCCAGUAAAACUUUUGUAUGUCAGAAUGAUUUCGGUGAUGUGAAAUGCAAUGUUGGUGGUCACAUGUAUUGAUAAAAUUAUCAAUGAAGGGCUGGUUAAAUGUU